UGUGCUGCAGGCUGGUGUCUCCCGGACGGCUCCGAUUCACGGACGACCCGGGUUCUGGUGGGAGUGGAAGACAAGGAGACUGCAAAAUGCGCGCCUCGGUUCCGUGUACUUGUGCAGAGGGGAGCGGGUUGCUGGGGGUGCCUGACCGCCGGACCGACCUUAGGAGGCGGAACUGUCCGGAGAAGUCCAGCUGGCCUAGCAGUGCGCUAUCAGACGGCCAUUGAGCGUAACUGGUAUAAUUUGCAGUAGUCACCAUGGAUAGUGACAUUGCUGACCAGCAACUCAAUGUCAUAAGAAAUCCAUCUGGGUGGGAAAUAGGUGUCUAUAUUACUGGUGCUCUUGCUCUCCUGGGAAUAGCUGGAGUAAACCUAUGGAAGUUAUGGAAAUCGGGUGGUUAUCCUGCACCUUCUCCAUUUCCAAACUAUGACUACAGAUACCUAGAACAAAAGUAUGGGUCCACGUAUUCUCAAAUCAAACAAAAGAGGGGGACCAGCAACUUCCGAAAGGCAGGAGAAAGACUAUCUCCUGUCUGCAGGCAAAGCCUGAAAAUGGAUGAUGCCUUUGAAAAUAUUAAUGAGUUGGGCUCUUUGGAGCUGAUGAACAAAGACCUUGAGCUGACUACUUAUGGGCCAUUGAAAAAAUCAGUCUCCACUGACUCUCUAAGUUCUGUCUCCUCCAUUGGAAAUAACUUUGGUCAAGAAUUCACAGUGGGACAAGUCGAAGUUAAUAUGGAAUACAGUGUGAAUUCUAAUACCUUGCACAUCACCUUGCUGCAGGGAAAAGAUCUUAUGGAGAAGGAAGAUGUAAAUUUUGAAUCCUGCUUUGUGCGCAUCAGUUUACUCCCAGAUGAGCAGAUUGUUGGCAUUUCUAGGAUCCAGAGAAGUGCUUAUUCCGUCUUCUUUGAUGAGAAGUUUUCAAUUCCCUUGGAUCCUUCUAUGCUGGAGGAAAACAGCUUGAGAUUCUCAGUUUUUGGCAUUGAUGAGGAUGAGAGAAACAUCAGCACUGGUGUGGCUGAGCUAAAGUUGUCGGAUUUGGAUAUCUUAGUCCGGCCUUUCAAUGCCUGGCUUUAUCUGCAGGACAUGAAUAAGGCAACUGAUUCAGUGGGUGAAAUCCUGCUGUGUCUUAGCUAUUUACCCACAGCAGAGCGACUGACUGUGGUUGUGGUGAAAGCCAAGAAUCUUGUGAGGACCAAUGGAAAAAUGACAGCAGAUCCUUUUGUCAAAGUAUACUUGCUGCAAGAUGGAAGGAAGAUCAGCAAGAAAAAAACUGCAAUAAAGAGAGAUGAUACAAAUCCAGUGUUUAACGAGGCCAUGAUUUUUUCAGUGCCAGCAAUUGUCCUGCAGGAACUGUCUCUUCGGGUGACUGUCGCAGAAUGCUGUGAAGAUGGGAGAGCUGAAAAUAUUGGCCAUGUUGUCAUAGGCCCGGCUGCAGGAGGCAUGGGCAUCACUCAUUGGAAUCAAAUGUUGGCCACCUUGAGGAAACCUGUAUCCAUGUGGCACCCACUUCGACAAAGCUAAGGGCGUACCUGCACCUCACUGAAAAUAAUGCAACAUGGUGCGUAAAUAAUUCCAGGAGAGCAAUGCUGUUGGAACAAUGACUUUGUAAGACCCUAAGAGUUAAAAAAAAUUUUUUUCUAAAUAUUCUUCACAAAGCAGAAUAGCAGUGACAGAUGAUGAUGAUGAUGAUGAUGGGUUGCCAAAUGAGACUGCCUAAGCUUUGGGAAAGAAUCAUAGCUAAAGCUAUAAGAGAAGAUAUAUAAGUACAGGUGGGUGCCCGGUAGCCUGUGGACAAGUAAGGUAGUCUUUUGAUUCCAUCAGUCUAACAUCACCAGCUUGGAGAACCAGUCAUUCUUGAAGCUCUUUUACACCAAAUCUUGCAGUUCCACAUUAUUUUCCUCUAUUCAAGAUGACUUGAAAGGAAUGUUUAUGGUAUUUUAUGUACUUGACAUCAUCUGUGUUUUGGCCAAGUUGACUUGGAAGUCAGAUUCCUUGGAUUGAAUGGGUCCUGCUUUGAUAUAAUUGUGUUUGGAUCACAAUUUUAUACUUCAUUCCUUGUCACAUUUGUUGGGAAUCAAGUCCUGAUGAUUUCAGAUAAAUUUGGGCAAAUUAUUUCCAAGUAAAGUUGCUUAAGUCACAUUUUUUUGCAACCAUAAUCACAUGUGUCUUUAUCAUGGUUGAAAUUCUAGUAAUGUUGCCCUGUUUGUCUGUUCUAGAGAAGAAAAUGAAAAGGCUCAUAAUUGAAUAAAUAUACGAUAGAACAAACUUUUACAAACAAAGAUGUGCAUCAUUAGAUAUGUGAAGAGGACUACUUCUUGCUAUAAAAGCUCAACAAAUCUGUUGAAGAUUCAUGAAUCUUUCUCCUCUCUUUGAACUAUGGUAAAAAUGUAAUCCCGCAGACCACAGCAUCAUCACAGAGACCACCUCUGCUCAUCCAAAACUCACCUGGGCUCUGGUGUAGUCCUACUUAAUUCCAAUGUCCCAAUAGCAGCAUUAUUACAUAGGAUGCAAUAUUGUGCUUAUCUACUGAGAAGUAAAUUCACUGGGCCUUACUUCUAAAUACAUAUAUAUAGCACAGAAUUGAACAACCAAUGGACUUUUCCUUCCCCUUUUCACCAGUUAUGAGCAAAUGGAGACCAGCCUGUCUGUUCAGUGCAGAUGUUUUAUUUAUUCAGUUUAUGUGUGCUUGACCUCAAAAGCAGUUGAGAUCAUGCAGAGCAGAAGAGGAGAGGAAAUGAUGUGGAUACAGGUGUGUCAUGCAUGACAGGUCCAUCCUUAGAAUAGUAAAUUUGGGUAGGUAAUUUGUAAUUCAAGGCCACAUCGGUCAUAGGAUACUAAAUAUUUGUAUUUUGAGA